UUCGUUUAGCAGAGGAUGUGUACCUCAAUGGGAGUUAGAGGCUAAUUUCCAUCCUGGUUUAGUGGAUAUAAGAAAUUCGUCAGAAUCAACCAAACUUUCGAAUGGUGAUGAGAUUUCUCCACGCAUAGUUCGUGAGCAUUUACCAUCUGCAGAAAAUGUUAUAGAUGGCUAUGUCAGCCAGUUUGAUUAUAGUAAGUUGCCUAUUUGGGAUCCUAAAUAGUUUGUGGCAGGGAGGUUACACAGCUUAGUGUUUAGAAAGAAAUGGGAAAAUCUCUUUAUAGAUUAUCUGGGGAAUGAUCCGAAUAUUAUGAACUGGUUGUGUAAUGGAGUGGACAUUUCAGAAUACUUUGUACACUUUAAGGGCUCUUUCAAGGGGGAAGCAUAUGAUAGUGAUACACCCCCAAGAAAUUUCUUUAGAAAUGCUGAAAGUUGUAUACCGUUUGUGGAUUUUAUAGCUAAAACAUUGGAAGAUAAAAUAAAAACGGGUGCUAUUAAACUUCUGGGAAGGCUUGGGGAAUGCCAAAUGCCACAUGUUGUCAUGCCUUUGUUAGUAGAACCGUCAAAACCACGUUUAUGCCACGAUGACCGUUAUAUCAAUUUAUGGAUGAGGGACAUGCCUUUUACAUUAGAAAGACUUAGGGAGGUGCCAAGAAUGAUCGAGAGGGGUGCUGUAUUGUUUAGCUGAGACGAUAAAAGUGGAUAUGACCAUGUCCUGCUGUCUGAGAGUUCUCAAAUGUAUUUUGGGAUUGUGUUUGGGGAGUGGGUCAUGGUAUAUAGAACUAUCCCAUCUGGUUGGAAAUUGAGUCCGUAUGUAUAUCAUCAGUCACUCGGGAUGGUGGUUACCUCAUACUUGAGAUCCCUCCAAAUAAGCACAAUGCAAUACGUUGAUGAUCGGCCAUUUGUGGUCAAUAGGAAACCCAG